CUAGGCUAGUUUGAGCUUUUCAAACUCGGCCUGGGUUUAAGAUCUCAUUCUCUUGCCUCUUUCCUGGCCCGAAGCUACACGAGCGUGACUAGCGAUUGCAUUCGAAUCCUCGACUGGCGCAUCAACGGCCGGAUAGAUCACUUGCGCCAGGCGAGCCCUCGAGAACCCUUGGUGGGGCAGGAUUUUCGCGACGUCAUCCUUGCUUGCGCCGACGAGCCGUGAAGUACACGACGACAAACAGCAGCGUUCUCCGACGCCGCGCACGUGGGAGGUCCCGGAUUCUCGAACCGUCGCAUUGGUGCUCUUCGCCCAAUAUCCUGCUGUCAGACCAGCUUGAACAAUACUUGGGGCGGAGAAGGGCUUUUCAAGACAAUGGGUUUGGAACCACCGGUGCCGGAGACCAGCGUGCUGGCAGUGGCGAGCCAUGUUGUUUCAGGAAAUGUUGGAAACAAGAUUGCCGUCUUCACGUUGCAGUCCAUGGGUUGCGAGGUCGCUGCGUUAAAUACCGUACAGUUCAGCAACCACACGGGCUACCGGCAAUGGAAAGGCGCGCGCGUAUCCGCGCAGGAGAUCACGGACCUGUGGGACGGCCUGAAGCAAUCGUAUCUCGACGACUUCGACAUGAUGCUGUCGGGCUACGUCCCCGGAGCCGCCGCCGUCGAGGCCGUGGGCAACAUCGCGAAGGAGUUGCGGGCAAAGUCGACCGCCGCCUCGGGCAAGGGUCGCGCAGGCGGGAGGUUCUUCUGGGUGCUCGAUCCGGUAAUGGGCGACAACGGCAAGAUCUACGUCGCGGAGGACGUUGUGCCUGCAUAUCGCGGGCUGGUGCCGUACGCGGACUUGAUUCUGCCGAACCAGUUCGAGGCUGAACUCCUAUCCGACGUCAAGAUCACCGACUCGGCCUCCCUCGAGCAGGCCAUCCACGUCCUGCACGAGCGGUACCAGAUCCCGCACAUCGUGAUAACGUCUGUCUCGCUGCCGCUCAAGGGCUCGCAGACCCCCUCGGUGGCCAACUCGCGCGCCCAGUCGCCCGUGCAGUCCGUGCCGCCGUCGACAAAGACCAUGUCGGUCGUGGGUUCGUCCAUGACGUCCGCGCUCAAGCCGCGGCUGUUCAAGAUCCACUUCCCCGUGUUUGACGGCUACUUCAGCGGCACGGGCGACAUGUUUGCCGCGCUCAUGGUGACGAGGAUGCGCGAGGCCGUGUACCAGGCCGACAGCGCCACAUCCUCUUCUGCUGCUUCUUCUACGUCUUCUUCUGCUGCCACCCCCUCUCCAGGUGACAAGACACCACCACCGACGACGACGACAACUACAACAACAACGUUACUGCGCGACACGCCAUCCUGGCUCAGCCCGGACUCGGUCGACGUGCUGGACCUGCCGCUUGUCAAGGCCGCGGAGAAGGUCCUGGCGAGCAUGCACGAGGUCCUGGCGCGCACGUGCGCCAGCAUGGUCGGCGAGGUCGAGAGGGCGGUCGCGGCGCGCGGCGGGCCGGACAAGGUGGACGCCCAGACUUUGCACCUAGUGCGGUCGCGCGCCGCGGAGCUCAGGCUGGCCCGGAACCUGGAGUGUCUGAGGAAUCCCGAGAUUGAGUAUCGCGCCGAGAAGAUGUGAGUAUUUUUUUCAAAAGGGAAGAACUGGCAUUUUCUCGUCUGUCGUGAAGUAGACGAAGAAGGGGAAGAGGAAGAAGGGAGAGUGGUGAAUUGGGUCGGGGCAGCGUGCGUGUGACAUGACUGGAAUAUACAAGAGCUGCAUUAGAUAUAAUACAUAGAGGUGGAAGCAUUCAGCUUAGUAGGAGCAGAUCAGGAAAAAGCUUUCCUUGGGAGCAGGCAAAGCCUUAUUGAAUGGAUUUCAGUCACGGGCACCUGAAUAUUUAAGAUGGAGAGGUUCGGCUUCAAGGCAUUGUGGCACCUCUUACUUUCAAGACG